UUUCACUGGCUAUUGGAAAAAAAACCUUUAUCUGAUGUAAUGUAUAUAUAAUACCUGCAAAUUGUAAAUCAGUCAUCACAAUGCUAUGAAACAUGGCUAUUAAAGUAUAGGUUUGAUGAAAGAACUCCACAAAUGCAGAGAAAUGCAAUUUACAUCCAUUCUAUAUCACUUCUUGUUAUUUAAUCUUCAACUUUUUAAUUUUUAUACAUUGUCGCUAUUAUGAUUUUCCAUCAAUAAAUUAUGGGUAAAAUAUGACAUAACUGUUAAAAAUUAAGCAAAUGAUUUCAUCCAUAGCUUGAAAAAUACUGUUGCAAAUUAGUUGUAAUGUUAGUGUAUUCUACAAUGUUAUAAAGUUUCAAUUGGAAGUUUUUUAAAAGUUAUAGAUGAAAUGAUUUUAUCAUGUUGUAUUUAACAUAUACUACAUAUACUGAUGAAAAAUGUAAUAUCUAGAAACAAAAUUGUAAAUUUGUGUUCCUGUAUUUUGGAGUUCUUUUGGCAGUGUUAUGUUGUUAAGCUCAGUAUUUCAACUAAUUUUGCAAGUCAUCUAUUCUUAAAAUGAAUUGUUGGCAUUUUAGGUUCCAAAUUCAAAUUCUAGUUGCCAAAUUAGCUAAAAUAGCAUGUGGCUAUUUCAAAUUGUUUUGUGCAGUACCAGUAAUUUAUAUUUUAUUAUUUGCUAUUUGAGUGCUUAACUUCCUGAAAAAUUACUGAAGAAAACAAAUUGAUAAGAAUGUUUAGUUUUUCUCUGUUUGAUAAACCUUGAUUCAAUACAGUAAUUGUUAAUUCUGUGAUCGCUUAAAAUUAAAAAAAAAUAAUGUUUGCUCAAAUAAAUAAAAACUAGUAUGAUGCAUCACAUCUACUUUAUCUGAACUUUCAUAAACUUUCAGAAAUGUACUUUGUACAUUAGUGUUUGGUAUUAUUGUAAAAUACUUUAUUUUAGCUGGAAUUAAUUUUUGCUGAAUUCUGACUAGUUGAAUGUAAAUAGAGGGAAAAACGUAUAUUCGCUGGAUUUUAUUUUUACUGAAUCAUUGCUUCAGUGAAAAUAGCGAAAAUAAAGUAUUUUACAGUAUUCUACUUGUGUCAGAUCUUCUGUAUUCCACAUUUAGCAAGCCUGAAGAAGUCGUCCAAUAGAAGUAAUGGCCAUUUACCUACGGUAAAUAGGGCAAAUGUUCUUCUUGCACAAGGUCACAAACACCCAUAUUGAGCUGGGAAUGUUGUUAUUACCUCCCUCUCAGAUGAUAAACAUGAAUUGUAGUCUCCAUAACAAUCACAAAUGUCACCAGUUAAUACAAUCCAGCUUAGCUUUUGUGAAAAAUGUUGUUUGUGAACACAAUUACCCGGGUUGUUCAUAUUCUAAACCAUGUAUCAAUUUUGUGUGAAAACUGAGGCAUGAAAGUGAGUGUUCUUAUCAAUGGACUUGUGUGUUGACAUUCUUAAGCAAUCUAUUUCAAAUUCUAAUUAAUUAUAGACUUCAUUCUUUAUCGUAUUAGGUAUUUACAAAUUUAGUUUUAGAGCUGUAUCUCUAACAUACCCGAACAGAUCAUGUUCAAACAAUAUAUGCAUCAUACAUCAGGUUGUACGUAUGCACAUUUGACAAUUUGUUGGCAAGUUGGCUGAAUGUUAGCUAAUUUUAAUGAUAUGAUCCCUCAAAAUCAAGCAUUUCUUGUUCGUGCAUGUACACAUUUUGUUGAAACUUCAUAUGCCCAUUAAACGUUGUCAGACCUUGAUGCAAGGCAUUUUCUUUAUCAAAUCCGAUUCAAAAUAGCUGACUGGUUGCCGUUCAGUUUAGUUCUGAGGCUAUAUCGCUGGCUGUUAAAACUUUAUAUAUUUUUCUUGAACUUGAUAACUCGCAGGGGCUAUGAAUUGUGGACUUCUGAAUUAAAAGACAGUAAGAUUAAUGUACAGUGGUAAUCUGUGACUGUUCCCCUUGAUAAUUUUGUUUUAUGUUUGCAAAUCAGCAAUUCAUCUGUCUAUCAUCACUUUGUAUUUGUAUUGUUAAAUUUUACACACUAUGUUCUGAGCCAUAAACAUCAAAUUGGCUUUAAAUGUUUUGUAUUAUAUUUGUUGGUUAUUGAUUAAUAAAAUGAGUUCCUCUCAGAACAACUGUUCAUUUAA